CACUGUUUCUGCAACCUGCCAAUAUGGGAUUCACGCUCACAUGCUGCUGAUUUCACAAAUUCUGUGGACGAAUCCCAUUACUGCCUCAAAAGCCUCAAAAUACAAAUUUUCUGUUUUCUUUAGCCAAUCUAAAAAAAAAUCUCUAAUUAGGAAUACAUUAAUUUGAGAAAAUAAAAAAAUAAAAAAAAUGGGUUGCAGCGAUCCUGAUGAAGAAGAUUCUGCAAAUGCUACAAGGUCCCCAAAAUCUGUGAUAGAUUAUUCUCAUGCAGUGACUUCAUAUUCUUCAAAGGAGGAUUACCAUGAAAGAUCUGAAAAAGCUGUGAAAAGAAAAGCUCGUCCCAAAAAGGAUUUAGGGUUCAGUUAUCCUCAAACUGAAGUAUAUACAAAGCUACAAAAGACCCAAGAACGUGCCAGAAAAAAUACAAAAAGGUGCUGUCCUAAAUCUCUGAAUAUAUUUUUUUUCUGUAGCUUUUUGGUUGCUUUGGUUUCUGCUAUAAUGCCUAUAUCAUUGUACAUGGAAUGGCCGUUAAGUAAAGAUUACCCAUCAUCAUUUAUGCCAACACUUAGAUGGCUUCAUAGUUUCUCAAAUGAGUCUAAUACUAAUUUGGAGGAGCUUCAAGCCACAUUGGAGAGAUUUUCCAGAAGGAUAGAGAAAUGGUUAGAGAGGCAGCUAGGUUUGGCAGAUGAGAAGCUGGCUGGAGAGUUGGAGAAGCUAAAAUCUGAAAUGGAGGUGGCCAUCAGAGACAAUUUUCAUGUAUUUACAAACCAGCUUGAUAACAUGGAUGAGCGACUGAAAGAGGUGGAAGAGUAUGUGAAAAUAUUUCAAGCAAAGGGUCUUCUUAACCAAACAGAGGCCAUGGAUCUCAUCAACAGUGCUUUGAAAGAAAAGAAUGAAGUUGGGGACAUGAAGGGUGUGAUUAGCUUGGAUGAUAUCAGGGCUGCAACAAGAAGGAUGAUUGAAGCAGAGAUUGAAAAGCAUUCUGCUGAUGGAGUUGGAAGAGUGGAUUAUGCUAUAGCUAGUGGCGGAGGAAAGGUUUUAAGUCAUUCUGAAGGGUACUAUCCUGGAGAGGCCAUCUCUUGGAGUCAGGUUUCCAAUAGGCUACUUUCCUUGAAUCAUCCCUUUGCUAAUGGGAUAGUUAAGCCUGGAUUUGGAGAGCCAGGGAGAUGCCUUCCUCUCAAGGGCAGCAAUGUUUUUAUCAUCAUUGGCCUUAGGACUUCCAUUUUUGCUGAAGCAAUCAGUUUGGAGCAUGUUUCAAAGAGAGUGGCAUAUGAUUUAACAAGUGCACCAAAGCAAUUCAAGGUUUAUGGGUCAACUUCAAAAAAUGAAAACCAGAAAUCCUCAUGGAUUGUACUCGGAGAGUUCACUUAUGAUAUUUACGCUGAGAAGUAUAUCCAGACCUUCAAUUUACUAAAUGGAAAUAGUGCAGAGAAGAAGAUAAGUAGGGUGAAACUACAUAUAUUGUCCAACCAUGGAAGCCAAACUCAUACAUGCAUUUACAGGGUCCGGGUUCAUGGCCAUGAAUAGAUGUACAGAUCAUUAAAAAGGUUUUAUCUUAAUGACUAUGCAGAGUAUGGGAGACUAGUAUGUUGAGGUGUACAAGGUUAUGGCAAUUGGGGACUAAGU